AUGGCGUGUACACGGGCGGUACGAUUGAACUUGUCGAGACUCGCCGGUAGACAACGGAGAUGGCAGUCCUCAUAUUCACACCUCGAGGCCGAGAUGACGACAAGGAAGAUUCGGCCAGUUUUUGAUGAUUUGACGUCUCAGAACUCGUUCAGACUCAAUGUGUCGCUGGCCGACUUCCUUCCAAACACACGGGCUCCCCUCACACCUCCGGCACCGAACAAGCCACUACCUAUGCCAAUUCCUCACCAUCUGCUAUACUUCGAACCCACAAAACCACCCUCAGACUUGCUUCCCGACGGCACCAACCCGGAUCAUUCGCCCGGUGACCCUUUCGUCCGUCGCAUGUGGGCUGGCGGCAGCGUUCUAUUCGACACUAACAAGCCUUUGCUCAUGGACAAUAGCCGUGCAGUGUGUCUCGAGGGGAUAAGAGACGUGUCUGUCAAGGGCAAGCCUGGAGAUGAGAAAGUCUUUGUCGGCAUUGAACGUCGUAUCGCACCCUUGAACAAAGAAGAAGAGACUGCCAUGGCAGACGGCAAUGGUCAACAAGACAAAAUACUUGCUCUUGAGGAACAGAUUAGACAAAGGCUAUGGAUGCCUUCCGACGUCGAGUUUGGACCUGCCAACAUCAUCGAACGCCGCAACAUUGUCUUCAUGCGUGAGAGAUCUCCAGAAGAGGCAAGAGCAGCAGUUGCUGCCGCCAAAAAGCCGGGCAAGAUGUUGAAGCCUCAGCAUCAACCUGAUUUCCACCAUACACUCCGUCCAGACGCACAAUUACUGUUUAGGUACAGUGCAUUGACCUUCAAUGCUCACUCUAUUCAUCUGGACACACAAUAUUGCCAGAACGUGGAAGGCCAUAGACAUCUACUGGUCCAUGGACCUCUAUCAUUCACACUCAUGUUGACGAUCCUACAACAACGACUGGUCAAACAGGGAAGCCAUGAGCAGAUCAAGUCGGUCGAGUACAGGAAUCUUGCACCACUCUAUGCAUACGAUCCAUUGAAGAUCUGCGGAAGAAAGUCCGAUGAUCAGAAGUAUGAGGUCUGGGCUGAGACUCCAGAAGGUGGCAUUGCUGUGAAAGGCACCGUCAAGACAGAAAGAGUCUAA